AUGGCUGAAAAUAUAUACAGCAAGGGAACCCGCGUAUGGUUCGAAGACAAGGAGCACGCCUGGGUAUCAGCCGAAGUCACUUCCGUUACAAAGGGCGCCGAUGAUUCCAUGAAGCUCGUCUUCACUGACGAGCGGGGCAAGGAAAUCACGGUCAAUACAUCUGUGAAGGAUAUCAGGGAUGGCAAGGAAGGCCUCCCUCCCUUGCGGAACCCACCUCUCCUGGAGACCGCUGAAGAUUUGACGGACCUGUCGCAUUUGAAUGAGCCAUCUGUUCUCCAUACCAUCCGCAACCGUUACGCGCAGCACAACAUAUACACAUACUCAGGGAUAGUGCUGAUUGCGGUUAAUCCUUUCCAACGAGUGACUCUUUAUGGACCGGAAAUCAUUCAAGCCUAUAGUGGACGGAAGCGAGGUGACCUCGAGCCCCAUCUGUUUGCCAUCGCCGAGGAUGCAUACACGGCAAUGAGAAAGGAGGGCAUGGGUCAGACCAUCAUUGUCUCAGGAGAGAGUGGUGCUGGUAAAACAGAAUCUGCCAAAUUCAUCAUGCGAUAUCUCGCUUCGGUCAAUCCUCCAGAUUCUGGUUCAAAAGCGAAGACGAAGCUUUCGUUGGACGAAUCAAGUGAGAUAGAACGUCAGAUCCUCGCAACAAAUCCUAUACUAGAGGCCUUUGGUAACGCCAAAACCACGAGGAAUGAUAAUUCGUCUCGAUUUGGCAAGUAUAUUCAGAUUCUCUUCGACGGCAAACAAGAAAUUGUUGGAGCUCGCAUACGCACAUAUCUUUUGGAACGCUCGCGUAUCGUCUUUCAGCCGUUGACCGAACGAAAUUAUCACAUUUUCUACCAACUUUGCGCUGGAGCCCCUCUGAAAGAGCGAAAGGACCUUGGGCUGGAUACGGACGUCACGAAGUUCCAUUUCUUGAAACAGGGAGGACCAACCUCAACGCCGAUCAAUGGUGUUGACGACGCUGAAGAGUUUAGGGCGACUCAGCAGGCAUUGUCUACGGUGGGCAUAAGCGUGGAGAAACAAUGGGCCGUGUUUAGGCUUUUAGCUGCUCUUCUGCAUCUUGGCAACGUGAAGAUUACAGCAUCGCGGAACGAUGCCAUCCUCGAUGACAAUGACUCAUCCCUCAUGCUUGCAACCCGGUUCCUGGGCGUCAAUCUUGCUGAAUUCAAGAAGUGGACCGUGAAGAAACAGAUUACGACUCGCUCAGAAAAGAUUAUCACUUCACUCAAUGCGGCCCAAGCAACGGUUGUGCGGGAUAGUGUGGCGAAAUUCGUCUACGCAUGCAUGUUCGAGUGGCUUGUGGCUAUCGUAAACGAGAGUUUAGCCGGAGAGAAUGGUGACGCCGCUGAUCGGGCUGAGAUGUUUAUUGGAGUACUGGAUAUCUACGGGUUCGAACAUUUCCAAAAGAAUUCCUUCGAGCAAUUCAGCAUCAACUAUGCCAACGAAAAGCUGCAACAAGAGUUUAACUCUCAUGUUUUCAAACUGGAGCAGGAAGAGUAUGUCAAGGAAGAAAUCAACUGGACGUUCAUCGACUUUUCUGAUAAUCAACCUUGUAUCGACGUCAUCGAAGGGAAACUCGGUAUUCUGGCGCUACUAGACGAAGAGUCACGUAUGCCGUCGGGAAGCGAUGCCUCCUUCCUCCAGAAGUUGAACAAUCAACUCGUGAAACCCGAGAACAAGAAGGUUUACAAAAAGCCUCGCUUCGGCAAUUCAGCAUUCACCAUUGCACACUAUGCCCUCGAUGUCACUUAUGAGGUUGAAGGUUUCUUGGAGAAGAAUAGAGAUACCGUUCCAGAUGAACAGAUGGCGUUGUUAGCCUCGACCAAAAACCCCUUCUUGAAGGAGGUCCUAGAUGCUGCUCUUCUAUCUGCCAAGGCCCCCGACAGUCCCCACCCGGGUUCACCAGCCAUGUCUGACUCGGGAAGUGGUGGCUCUCGUCGUUCUUCAGUCAUUCCAGACCCCGGACGACAAUCAUUUGUAGCCACAAACUCAUCCCCUGCCCCACCGUCUGCUGGUCUUAAACGCCCCGGCGGUGCACCUGCUAGGAAGCCAACGCAGGGAUCUAUCUUCAAGGCUUCCCUCAUUGCUCUCAUGGAGACGCUUAGUGUUACAAAUGUCCACUACAUUCGGUGCAUCAAACCGAACGAGGCGAAGAAGCCGUGGGAGUUUACGCCUCAGCAGGUGCUGGGCCAACUGCGGGCUUGCGGUGUUUUGGAGACAAUCCGAAUCAGUUGUGCUGGGUACCCUACGAGAUGGAUAUAUGAAGAAUUUGCCGAAAGAUACUACAUGCUCGUGCCUUCAUCCAUAUGGCAGCCCAUGAUUCAAGCGUUAGAUUUGAAGAAUCUGUGCGCCGUCAUUUUGGAGAAGACGAUCAAUGACCCGGAUAAAUACCAGAGUGGGUUAACGAAGAUCUUCUUUCGAUCCGGUAUGCUUGCGGCGCUGGAAUCUCUGAGGUCGGCUCGACUCAACGCAAUGGUGACUGUUGUCCAAAAGAAUAUGCGAAGACAUAUGGCCAUGGUGAAAUACCGCGAGCUCCGAGCUGCUACAAUCAAGAUCCAGACUUGGUGGCGAGGGAUCAUGGCGAAGAAAUUCGUGGAAGUGGUCAGAAGGAACAUCAACGCUCAACGCAUACAGACCAUAUGUCGCCGCUACUUGCAGCGCAAACAAUUUGCAGACACUCGUCGUGCUAUUGUUCUUUUCCAGAGUCGUGUGCGUGGUUCCCAAACUCGCAAGCUAUUCUACGAGAACCGGCGUACAGGUGCUGCAACACUACUGCAGAGCCUUAUUCGUGGCCUGUCCACGAGGCGAGGGUUCCGCACGGAUGUUAAACACGUCAUAUACCUGCAAUCCUGCCUUCGUCGGCGCAUGGCCCGCAAACAACUCAAGGCACUCAAGGCAGAAGCUCGUUCAGUGUCCAAGUUCAAGGAGAUCUCGUACCGACUGGAAAAUAAGGUCGUCGAGCUUACUCAGAAUCUUCAAAAGCGGACGCAAGAAAAGAAGGAACUUCAGGCCCAGCUUUCGGAGCUCGAGCAACAAUUAGCGCAGUGGAUCAGCAGACACGAAGAAGCCGAUGGACGUGCAAAGCAGUUUCAUGCAUCACUGCAGAACGCUGAGGCCGAGCUGGCUAAGCGGGAUACUCUCCUACAGGCGAAGGCGGAGGUUGAGCAGAAACUCGAAGAAGCCACGCAGAAGGCUGCAGGGAAGGAAGAGAUCAUCCAAAAACUUACGGAUGACCUUGUUCGUCAAACGAUGCAGCUCGAGCAGCAACAACGAGUGAUUGAAUCGACCCCUGUCCACAAUCCUGAAGACUACUCCGUUAUUGCUACUCUCAAGAACGAAGUUAAUAGCUUACGCGAACAACUAAAUCGCUCUAACGCUCUCAACGCUCUCACACACGGCUCCCGUGGCAACCCACCAUUAUCCCCUACCUUCGCUCCUAACCUUCGCCUGAAUGAACAAAACGGCGCUCCCCCUGUCGCAGGCUCCGGCAUGGUGAGCACCAACCGGCAUCAAAGGCGCCACAGCUCUGCGGGAGUGUUCUCAAUCCAACCAUCUGAUCAUCGAACAUCUGCUGACGAACUUAUGUAUGAUGUUAAGAAGAGUCAAGCCAUGAACCCGCGGGCUGUGUCCGUCGCAUACAACGGCGAAGACAACUUCAUGCGAUUCCGUGCCAAUGGUCUCCCUGAGAUCCGGGAUUACGAUGAUCCGGCAGAAGAGAAGAUUCGUCUCAUGAUGGAUGCCAAGCGCUUGGACGAAGAUGUUCUUGAGGGACUUGUUCGUGGUCUGAAGAUUCCGACGCCGAGCACCACCAGUCCUCCUGCCGUGAAAGAAAUCCUGUUCCCCGCCAACCUCAUCAGCCUCGUCACCAAUGAAAUGUGGCGGUAUGGGCUCAUCGCAGAAAGCGAACGCUUCUUGGCCAAUGUUAUGCAGACAAUACAAGCCCAUGUCAUGUCUUUCUCAGGGGAAGAUGCUAUCAUUCCUGGUAUUUUCUGGCUCUCAAACGUUCAUGAGAUGCUCUCCUUUAUUUGUGUCGCCGAAAGCGACAUGCUUCAGGGCAUUGGUCCAGGCGAAGAGAACUCAGUGCGACCGUUCGACUGGGGAGACUACGAGCGACUGGUUACUGUUGUGAAACACGAUCUCGACAGCCUCGAGUACAAUAUUUAUCAUACGUGGAUGGUGGAAACCAAGAAGAAGCUAUCAAAAAUGGUCAUCCCAGCCCUCGUCGAAAGCCAGUCCCUACCUGGAUUCACCACCAGCGAUGGUGGCGGACGAUUAUUCAACCGGUUACUCAACUCGAAUAGCACCCCUGCGUACAACAUGGAUGAUAUCCUCAAUCUUCUGAACAAGGUUUGGAAGAGUUUGAAGAGCUACUACAUGGAGGAGUCGGUUGUGCAACAAGUUGUGACUGAACUCUUAAAACUCAUAGGAGUCACCAGCUUCAAUGACUUGUUGAUGAGGCGCAACUUCUCUUCAUGGAAACGAGCUAUGCAAAUACAAUACAAUAUCACGCGUAUCGAGGAAUGGUGCAAGUCGCACGACAUGCCAGAAGGAACUCUUCAGCUGGAGCACUUGAUGCAAGCCACCAAACUCCUGCAGCUCAAGAAGGCGACGGCGGCCGACAUUGAAAUCAUUUACGAUGUCUGCUGGAUGCUCAGCCCUAUGCAAAUUCAACGAAUGUGCACGAAUUAUUACGUCGCUGAUUAUGAGAAUCCUAUCCCACCUGAAAUACUGCGAGUGGUAGCAUCACGAGUACAAGCCAAUGAUCGUAAUGACCAUCUCCUUCUAUCUCCGGAGACGGAGGAAGUUGGGCCAUACGAACUACCAUUACCCCGCGAGGUAUCGGGUUUGGAAACAUACGUCCCGGCUUAUCUUAACGUCUCGCAUCUUCGGAGGCUAGCGGCACUGGUUGCCUAA